AUGGCAGGAUGGAUUGGCUGGAUAUUCACCUUCAUCUUUCAGGUCAUCCCGCGAGGGUUGUACUGGCUCAUCACAUUUACCACUAUUACUCUGCCCACAUGGCUUUUCACUCUCUUUUCUAUGAGCUUGACCUUCACCAUGAAUUUUACCACUCUCAUGUUGAUCGCUCUCGCCCUAGUCUCCACAAUAAGUUGGUUCAUUCGAUAUCGGUUCAUGAACAUGUAUAGUCGUCUUCCUCCAGAGCCCCAACGUAAAGAACCGCAGAUCGAUCUCUUCCCCGAUGUUCCAGGUGGUGACUCUAAACCCGGCCUGGCCAACUACCUCGAUGAGUUUCUUAGUGCAAUCAAGGUUUUUGGUUAUUUGGAGCGACCAGUUUUCCAUGAACUGACCCGAACCAUGCAAACACGAAAGCUCAUCGCGGGAGAGACACUCAUGUUGGAAGAAGAAAAGGGAUUUUGUCUGGUGGUAGAUGGUAUGGUUCAGAUCUUCGUCAAGUCGACUCAGGAGAGUAAGCUGGGCUCACGCGAGGACCUAUACAUGGAUCCUGAAACGUCUGACGACGAAGGCGAGACUUUGAAUGGCAGGCAGGGCUACCAGCUACUGACCGAGGUGAAGAAUGGUGCAUCGAUGUCGUCCUUGUUCUCUAUCCUGUCGCUGUUCACCGAAGACAUACAAUUAAAUAAUUUACGAAGCGCAAACUCUAGCACCAUGAGCUUUGCACCAAAUCAUCAUAUGACGGAUUCUACUCCCAUAAGCCCAACUGAAAGAGAAGCAGGCAGCCCUUUCUCACCUCCUAUUGGAGGAUCUCCCGAUAUUCUCGGUCAGCAUGGGUCGCUACCAGCAGUACCUCCAUUUCAUCUUGGGGGAAGCCACACCAGCCCCACCUCAACAGCGCAUCCAGAUAAUAGCCAACAGAGCCACAAAAGACGACGUCGAAAGUCUGUCCACCCGGACAUUGUCGCCCGGGCUACGGUGGAUACGACGAUUGCAAUUAUCCCUGCCAGUGCAUUCCGACGACUGACCCGCGUCUACCCUCGGGCCACCGCUCAUAUUGUUCAGGUCAUAUUGACCCGCCUCCAGCGCGUGACCUUUGCCACCGCGUACUCCUACCUGGGGUUGACAACUGAUGUGCUUGGCAUCGAGAAGCAGGCUUUGAAAUACUCAUCUCGAGACUUACCCAAUGACCUCAGGGGGAGAGCGCUCGACCGCCUUAAGGACAAGUUUAUGCGAGAGCGAGACCGCCUGGGGCCUGAGGAAAUUUGCAAAGGUAUUGCCCUGCAUAACCCCUUCGCAGGACGCCGGCCACGUUCGAGUAGUACGCUCCGAAAGGACGCUAUGCUGCAAUCCCGAAGAACGAACGGAAGUAGACCUGCCUACCAGAGACAACCCACCGUCUUUAAUGACCACACGAAUGGAGCGAGCCCCGGCGACCUACUUUCAACAAUCCAACUUUCCCGAUUUGGGCCGCGUGAUGGUUCUGGGCCUCGCCUGUUAUCACCCAUGGAAGAACGCGAGAGACCUCUAUUUCGGCCAUCCCCUUUACAGCGCAAGGACUCCGUUGAUGAAGACACACUUUUCCGCGAGUCUAUCUUGGAAUGUAUCAUGACUGGUAUUGGACUGUCCCAAAAGUCACGCGAUGAUAUGCGAAAGAGUAGCUAUGUUUCCGGUGAUGUUUCCCCAAGACUAUUAUCCUACGACUCCCGACGCCAGAAGGCCAUCUUCUCUAAUGCUUUUGGCUUUAUCGACCCAUAUGAAGGGUCCGGGGAUGGUGAGACUGAGUCAAUGAUGUCCAUGUCGGAGACAAGUGCAGGUGGAACAUCGCCAAUCGUCAACCUGCGUGAGGAGCUGCGUUACGAUAUCGAGGUGGUUUACUUCCCUCAAGGUUCUGUUCUGGUCGAACAGGGUGAACGCCACCCGGGUCUUUACUAUGUGAUUGAUGGAUUUUUGGAUGUCGGUAUUCCGGUCAAUGACCGUGGCGACGAUGAUUAUGUUGGCUUCUCUCGCCCGAGAGCCACGCAGGCCCAGGAAGAGCUGUUCCCGAACUUAAAACGCACCACCACGGGAUCUUCGCGUCUAGGUACUCCAGGUGGGAGUGAACCCCGGCGAAAACGAAAGUCACUUUACUUGAUCAAACCAGGCGGCAUACAGGGAUAUGUUGGUGGCUUGGCGUCUUACCGCUCCUACACAGAUGUGGUCGCCAAGACUGACGUUUACGUCGGCUUCCUCCCGCGUGCAUCUCUUGAGCGUAUCGCAGAUAGAUAUCCUACUGCCCUGCUCACUCUGGCGAAAAGACUGACCAGUCUGCUCCCGCCUCUGCUACUACACAUAGAUUUCGCGCUUGAGUGGGUACAAGUCAAUGCGGGUGAGGUCAUCUACCACCAAGGAGAUGAAAGCGAUGCAAUUUACCUGGUUCUUAAUGGCCGCCUGAGAUCAGUCCUCGAAUCUCCGAACGGCAAGAUGACUGUGGUUGGUGAAUAUGGCCAGGGCGAAAGUGUGGGUGAGCUAGAGGUCAUGACCGAGUCUACACGGCCGGCUACUCUCCAUGCAAUACGUGAGACUGAGCUAGCGAAAUUCCCUCGUUCGCUGUUCAACAGUCUGGCUCAGGAACACCCAGGAAUUACGAUCCAGGUUUCAAAGUUGAUUGCCCAGCGUAUGCGUGAUCUGGUUGAGCAUCCUCUGUCUGAAAAGGGAAUUGAAGAGGGACGAGCUGGGGGUGUCCAGACCGCGACAUCGACCAUCAAUCUUCGAACUGUAGCUCUUCUCCCAGUGACGAGUGGCGUACCUGUCGUUGAAUUCGGACAAAGGCUGCUGCAUGCGCUACAUCAAAUUGGUGUAACUAGGGGCGUGACCUCACUGAAUCAUGUCGCCAUUCUGAACCAUUUGGGCCGACACGCUUUCACAAAGAUGGGAAAGCUGAAGCUCUCUCAGUAUCUUGCAGAUCUAGAGGAAAAGUACGGGUUAGUGUUAUACGUUGCUGAUACCAAUGUCAACUCACCCUGGACGCAGACUUGCAUCUCCCAGGCCGAUUCCAUCUUGCUCAUCGGACUCGCUGAAGCCUCGCCCCAAAUUGGUGAAUAUGAGCGGUUCUUGCUGGGAAUGAAGACUACUGCUCGCAAGGAACUGGUUCUUCUGCACUCGGAACGUUACUGCCCGCCUGGGCUGACCCGAGAAUGGCUUAAGAACCGAGUGUGGAUCAAUGGUGGCCACCAUCACAUCCAGAUGUCAUUCCGACUGACCGCCGAACCCUCGCAUACGCGGACCAAAAAGUUCGGGACAGUGCUCAAACAGCGAGUGCAGAUCCUGCAAGCCGAGAUCCAAAAGUACACAUCGCGACGGGCCCAGCAGACAACGGUCUAUUCUCCCCAGACAACCUUCAAGGGCGAUUUCCAUCGCCUCGCUCGACGUUUGUGCGGCAAGUCAGUAGGUCUAGUGCUGGGAGGAGGCGGCGCGCGAGGUCUUGCCCAAGUAGGUGUCAUCCAGGCACUCGAAGAGGCGGGCAUCCCCAUUGACCUUAUUGGUGGUACCUCCAUCGGAUCAUUCAUUGGUGCUCUUUACGCACGCGACGCCGACAUUGUGCCGAUGUACGGUCGGGCGAAGAAGUUUUCCGGUCGUAUGGGUAGUAUGUGGCGGUUUGCACUUGAUCUAACUUAUCCCACUGUCUCUUACACGACGGGCCACGAAUUCAAUCGUGGUAUCUUCAAGACGUUCGGUGACAGCCAGAUAGAAGAUUUCUGGCUGGAGUUCUACUGCAACACAACCAACAUCAGCCGAUCGCGUGCGGAGUACCAUUCCUCCGGCUAUGUAUGGCGCUAUGUUCGCGCAUCCAUGUCGCUGGCUGGAUUGAUCCCACCAAUCUGCGACGAAGGUAGCAUGUUAUUAGAUGGUGGCUACAUCGACAACCUAACCGUGGCACACAUGAAGAGUCUAGGAGCAGACGUGAUCUUCGCAGUCGACGUUGGAUCCAUUGACGACAACACGCCACAGGCAUACGGCGACUCCCUAUCUGGAUUCUGGUCGAUAAUGAACCGCUGGAACCCAUUUUCCUCGACCCCCAACCCUCCCACCUUGUCCGAGAUCCAGGCACGUCUAGCCUACGUCUCAUCUAUUGACAAUCUCGAGCGGGCCAAGAACAUGCCGGGUUGUUUGUACAUGCGCCCACCAAUCGACCCCUAUGCCACACUGGACUUUGGCAAAUUUGACGAGAUCUUCCAAGUUGGUUACACCUAUGGUAAAGAGUUUCUCGAUAAGCUACGGAAUGAGGGAUCUCUGCCUAUUCCUGAGGAGACGGAAGAAAAACGCAAACUGCAGAGGACCAUGGCGCCUCGACGAGCCAGCAUUUAA